AUGUUCAAGUGUUUUCCAAUUCCAUUUUGUAAUCGCAACGUCGAACAAGUCGAUAAACGACAUUGUAAUCUAACCAAUGUACCUGAUGAUAUUCUUCGCUAUACACGAACAUUAGAGGAUUUAUUACUCGAUGCCAAUCAACUUCAAGAUCUGCCUAAGGGCGUCUAUCGUCUGAUACAAUUACGUCGUCUAACAUUCAGCGAUAACGAAAUCCAAUAUAUAUCACCUGAGAUCGGACAACUGGUUAAUUUAGAAGAGCUUGAUUGCUCAAGAAAUGACAUCGCCGAAAUUCCCGAGAAUAUUCGUCAUUGUCGAUCACUACAACGACUUGAUUGUAGUGGAAAUCCAUUAGCGAAUAAUCUUCCACCUGGUAUAAUUCAUCUUCGUCAAUUAAGUCAGUUAACAUUAAACGAUGUAUCGCUUGCUGAGCUACCAAGAGAAAUUGGCAGUCUCAGCAAUUUACGUAUCCUUGAAGUUCGAGAAAAUUUGCUCAAAAUUCUUCCUGAUUCAUUGGUCAAUUUAACUAAACUCGAAUCGCUCGAUUUGGGCUCGAAUGUUAUCGAACAACUUCCGCCAUACAUGAGUAAUCUACAUUCAUUGAAAGAAUUAUGGCUGGACUCGAAUGAAAUUCUCGAAUUACCCCAAGAUAUUGGUCAAUUGAAGCGUUUGCAAUGUUUAGAUAUAUCCGAGAAUAAACUAACAUAUUUACCUGAUGAUAUCGGAGAUUUAGAAUCGCUGACAAAUCUAGAACUAUCUUCAAAUCAAAUCGAACAUGUCCCAUCAACCAUCGGUCGACUUAGUCAACGUUUAUUAAUCUUGAAAAUCAAUUCGAACAGUUUAGCAAAAUUAUGUGAUGAGAUCGGCAAUUGUUUGGCACUAACUGAAUUAAUUCUAACCGAAAAUGCACUCUCCGAACUUCCAUCAACUAUUGGAAAUCUUAAGCAUCUGACAAAUUUAAACGUCGACCGAAAUCAAUUAACCUAUUUACCCUACGAAAUCGCUGGCUGUGAAUCACUAGGUAUGCUCAGUUUACGUGAUAAUCGUCUCACUCAAGUUCCAUCGGAAUUAUCCAACUUGAAACAUCUUCACGUUUUGGAUCUAUCGGGCAAUCGAUUAUUGAAUUUACCCUGUACAUUACUGGAAUGUGAUCUUAAAGCGAUCUGGCUUGCAGAAAAUCAAGCUCAACCCAUGUUGAAAUUCGCGACAGAUAUUGAUCCAACGACAGGAGAGAAAGUUCUCACAUGCUAUCUGCUUCCACAACAACAAUAUACGACCUCAUCAAUGGAAAAUCUUCUUAAUGCUUCCAAAUCUCAAAGUCUCAAUAAUGAGUCAAUAAACAAUCGCCUUGAACAAGAAAAUAUCGAAGAGUUUGAAGAUCGACAUGAACGAACGGGCUCUGUGAAAUUCGCCGAUCAAUCUGAUGAAGGCAAAGAAAGUUCAUUACAACGUCAUAACACACCUCAUCCAAAAGAUUUACGAACAUGGAGAAAUAAAGUUGCGAAGAAAUUUCACGCGACUGAUGGAAAUCUGCUUCAUCACGAUCAUCAACAUCCGUUUCAACCGAACGCUCAUCCACAUGACACACAACGAAAUUCUAUCCAACCGUCGACUUCAUCCGGUCAAUCAGCAUCUUCGGCAGCUCAUCCGAAUAAAACCGUUCCAGAUUCAAUCACUUUCGCACAAGAAUCUAUGGAAUAUAUCCCACCUGAAAUUUCAACAACGGAUCGACGUCAUUCGGAUGAUGAAGAUGAUGAGAAUACCGGUGAACAAGUGCAAUAUAUCGAGAAACACGUGGAAUUUACCGAUAAUGUCAAUGAUGAAGAACAUACCAGAGAUCAUCAGCAACAACAGAAACUUCAUCGACGUGACACACCACAUCAUUUGAAGAACAAACGAGUUCUCAAUAAAAACAAUGAUUCGGUCAACUUUGACCACAUUAUGUCGCAUAGUUCCACGAAAUCAUCGCUGACGAGUCCAGGAAAGGAUUCACGGUCAUCAUCGAUUCCGACAAAUAGUCGUCAAAUGACUAUUCAUCAAGAGCAAUUGACAAUAAUGAUUCAUCGACCACCAAAUACUGGUCUUGGUAUCAGUAUUGCUGGUGGUAUCGGCUCGACACCUUAUAAAGACAAUGAUUACGGAAUAUUUUUAACCAAAAUCAACGAAGAUGGUCCCGCCGGUCAGGCUGGUUUACUUGUUGGUGACAAACUGGUAUCAGUCAAUGGAAUUUCAUUAAUCAAUUGUGAACAUAGUGAAGCGGUCUCUGCUUUAAAAAAAGCCGGUGAUAAUAUUGAAAUGAUUGUAAUGCGUGAAAUUCUCCAAUCAUCUGAUGAUUACAAUGACACUAGUCCAAUGAAGGAAGGAGAGAAGUUUUCGACAACUGUUCAACGUGAUGAGAAACAAGGCGGACAAUUUGGUUUUGCCAUUGCUGGAGGAAAUCAAGCGACAGCGACAUCGCCAUCAACCGUCAAUGGCUUUGAAAAUCUUUAUAUUUCCAAAGUUAAUAAACCCGAAUCCCAUUCUCCAUUAGCUGUAGGCGAUCGGCUCCUAUCAAUCAAUGGUUAUGACACGGGAAAUAUUACUCAUGAUCAAGCAAUCAAUAUCAUCAACAAUGGAGGAAGUAAUGUGGAUUUAGUUCUCUAUCGAGAAAAAUACACGAAUGGAAAUCAUCAUGUACCAACAGGAUCAACCGGAAGUAUCAAUAAUACGAUCGAAGAAGCACGGGUAACCAAAGGAAAUGGUCCCAUGGGCUUAAGUAUUGUCGGCGGUGUUGAUCAAGCAUGUCCACCAUUUGGCAUGGACCAACGUGGUGUGUUUGUAUCAAAAAUUCUUCCAAAUGGAUCAGCUUCUCGAACGAAUCUUCGUAUUGGUGAUCGAAUUUUAAAAGUGAACAACCGCGAUGUUUCACAGGCGACGCAUCUUGAAGCUGUGGAAGCACUUCUACAGCCAACCACAGAAGUUGUUCUUCUCGUGCGACAUGAUCCACAACCAGCGGGAUUAAGAGACGUCACAUUGACACGACAAACAGGCGAACCAUUAGGUAUACGGAUCAAUGGGGGAGUUGAUGGCAAACGUGUGAAUCCAGACGAUUCAGAGGAUGACGGCAUAUUUGUUACUGAGGUCAAGGAUGGUAGUCCAGCGUCCGGUAUAUUGAAUGUUGGUACUCGAAUUCUCGAGGCAAUGAAUAAAACCUAUCGUAAACAAUGCUGUUGCGUUUCACAGAAUUCGGUUUCAUCAUGCUUAUCAACACCGACUGAUGAGCCAAUUCACGAUUAUUGUGAAACCAACCUCGAUGAUCUCGCAUAUAUCGAACGAACGUUAUCAUUGGAUAAAUCGGCAAGAAAAAUCCAACAUGGACAUGUACAAAAGAGGAAGACGAAACGCAAACGACUGCGAUCAUGUUGUUUUCUAACUCUAUGUCAACAAACGAAGAAAAACAUGAAUGAACAAAAGCAAUUAACGUUAACACAACAAAUAUUUGCACCAAUCGUUACAUUAAAAGACCUAAUUUCCGUUUCAUCUUCAUCGUCAUGUUCAUCGACUGAUACUAAACGUGUACGUCUACCUAAAAAACAAUCAAUCACUUCUCAAUCAUCAAUGUCAACACCCAAAUCAUUAUUCUUUCGUACUUACGCGUCUUUAUCGAAUUAUCUUGGAAGAUCUAAUCUGAGGACUUGUCAACCAUUUGUUGAUGUUCAGAUUCAUCACGAAGAAUUUCGUUACUGUUCCAGUAACAGUUCUCUAUCGAUAAAAACCGAUCCAAAUCAGAACGAUUCUCUCGAUGAGAUAUCUCUUCAUUCAUUACGUCUUCUUCAUGCUGUUGAUAUGUAUCUCUCAUCAAAUUCUUCUCUUUAUGAACAGUUCGAUUCGACAUCGGUCGUCUCAGAGAAAUACGCAAUAUUGAAGGAGACCGACCGAUUAAGUCUAUGCGAAAUUAAUGAAAUUAUCUGUGCAAUUCAUUCAACAAGCGAAAAUGUCAACGAACGGAAUGAAACACUUGAUGCUUUGGCGUCAUCGCUGUUAGAAGUUGCCGAAGAAAUACCGGUUAUUUCACCCGAUGACGAGGCAGAAACCAUUGUCGCAAAUAACCUCCUGCCACCACGCGCGCCUGAGGGUGUUGGUCAGAUUAUUGCGCGUGCCGUUAUGUACGAGAUUGUUAAUAAUCAAAGUUUAUUCGGUGCACGGUUAGACGAUGCUCAGAAAUGGUUAAGUGCACCGAGUGAAACGAUUCAUCUAUUAAUCUGUCAUGGUUUCAAACCGAAAGAAAUACCGACAAUCAUAAGUCCGAGCAAACCAUCGAAACAAAUCGAAAAUACUCGACCACCCUCAACACAACAAUCGAGUUCACCCAUACCUCCAACAAGACAAAAUGGUGUAUCAUCACCGCAUAAUAAUUCGAAUUCAUCGAAAGUUGUUAGUCCAAUUUAUGCUAAUACUACGAGUCAGCCAUUAUCACCACAACCUCCGCCUGUUCCCGCCAAACCCAAAUAUCGCUCUCCUAAUGCACAAUUCGCACCCAUCAAUGGUGACAACUAUCCAACACCAAAACAAUCCCAAAAUGGAUUCGAAGUCGAAGAAUCUGACAUAUCCGUAACGGAAUCAGAAAGGUCAUUCAAAGAUAAAAAGAAGUUUUUCGAAAGCGGUCUUCAAGCUCAUGGACCGAAACCUAAACCUCGACAAUUUAAAUACAUCAACGAACACGAAUUGUUUCAAAUGAAACAAGAAGAUGAACAAAAAGUCAAAACAAUGACUCCUACCGAAAUACUUCAAUCUCGGUCUAUGUACGAUAACGAUACGGAAAUAAUGCAAACAACGUUAUCGCAAUAUCAAACACCAGCCUAUCUAGCAAAGCCAGAGGAUGAUCAAACAGACGAUGAUAUGACUCAACAAAGAAAUUCCAUAUCAAGUGGCAGAAUAAAUCCGCUCGAGCGUGAUACUACCUCUGCUCAUACUAUGCUUUCGAACUUUGCUAUUGCGGAUUCCGGUAUGGCUUAG